CCCAGGUUCUCCGCCCGAUUAUGAAGAAAACUAGGUGAAUUGAUAACAAACGCGGCGUAUGAACGAUUCAUCCCUCUCGCGCGGCCCUCGAACGCCGGUUGUGCGCAUGCGCAGCCUUGGAAUCAGGCUGCACAUCAUCGCGACGCCAUGCGGCACUCACUUGAAUUCUCGCCGCGUGUCCGUCGAAUUCUCCCCCAUUCGUGGCAGAGUUUGAAAACGCGACGGAGCCGGAAGUUGCGCGCUUCUGUGCCAAUCUUUCCCUUCAAGCUCGAGAUCGAGCAAUGUCUUUCUAGAUAAAAAUAAACAACAGAUACAUCGGAUUAUUUUACAUCAUUAUUAUUCGAUUUAUAUUCGACAUAUAUUCCAUUGGAUUGUACAGCUCGAUGUAUCAUUCUCUCGAAUAAUGUGGUGCGCGGGUGAAGAGGAAAGACAAGUGGAUUAAUUAGCAAAACGAUUUCGAAGAAGUAUGUUGUGGAUGCAAUUUCGUUAUUCGAUCGGUUGAUCAUCGUAGCUGGUAAUGCCGUUUCACUGGAAAGAUUUAUCGCGAGGUUGAUUACGAGUGAAAGGAUAGAAAGUCGAGGAGAGAUUGAGGGGAAUAUAUGAUCAAAAUCCGUUAACGAAAAGGAGAAGUAUUCGAAGUAAUGGUGAAAUAUUAUUCGUUAAGGAUUAUUGGUUAUUGUUAAGGAAAAUUGUUCAGGGAUUUGGUUAUUAGUUAGGAGGAAUUGUCAGUGAAUAUUGGAAAUGUGAAGGGUUUGGCUCAAUGUAAAUUUACGUUAUGAUUACGUUGUUAAUCAGUUGAGAAAGUAUAGUCGAUUUAGAUGAUAUUUGUGCAAUUGUAUGUUUAUCGUUAAGUUUAAUUUUUACGAAUUAAGAAUCGUUUCAUUGGAUUUCGUUUGCAUCGAAUUUAUUGGAAUGAUAUUAUCUGUGGAUUGUUAAGUUGCAACGUGACAACUCAAUACCGAUUCAGAACUUGGGAAGAUGAAACUAAGAACUCAGGCAGGCAUGACGAAGUGGAACACCGAGAAUUGAAGUUUUGGGGAUUUAUGUGGCCUACUUUGGCGCAGUCCUCCAGUCGAAGGAUAUACAAGAAUGCUCAAGAGGUGAUUGGUUAUUAAAGUGAAGGUGUCAGUGGUUUUGAAAGUUACUGCCACCGCAAUUUUUCGUCUAGUGAAAUGGAGAUAAAUGGGACAGACAGCAGCCUAAAUGGCACCGAAGCUAAUCGCACUACUUCUCCUGUCUUCAUUAUUAGCACGCGUUAUAUGACACAAUGGAAACGAGAGAGGCAACGGGAACGUCUUUGUCGCAUGUACAAUCAAGUUUUAGCGGAAUGCUCCCAGCUUAAUGGAAGCUGGCCUGACCCGGAUGAUCCACGUUGGAACAGUGGGGAAUAUGUAGAACUUCUGUCAGAAUGGUUUCCGUCAAAUAUUACCAACGGAACGAUAACGGGGAACGCAACAACCUUAUCAACCGCGGAACCUUUCACACCUGUUCUACCACCCUUCGAACUAUGGCAGACGAUACUGAUCGCUUUCUCCCUCGCAUUAUGUAUACUAUUAACUGUCGGCGGUAACAUUCUCGUCCUCCUGGCAUUUAUCGUAGAUAGGGCUAUCAGACAGCCGAGUAACUACUUCAUCGCCUCAUUAGCAGCCACCGAUAUGCUUAUUGGAACUGUAUCCAUGCCAUUCUACACGGUCUACAUUCUGAUGGGAUAUUGGAAUCUUGGACCUUUGCUCUGCGAUUUAUGGCUGUCCGUAGAUUACACGGUAUGCUUGGUAUCCCAGUACACGGUAUUAUUGAUCACAAUUGAUCGAUUUUGUUCGGUGAAAAUAGCAGCCCAAUAUCGCAGCUGGCGCACGAAAAAUCGCGUAAUCUGGAUGGUUACGAUCACCUGGAUUAUACCGGCCUUGCUCUUCUUCAUCAGUAUCUUCGGCUGGGAGCAUUUUAUCGGUUACAGGGACCUAGAUCCCGGCCAAUGUACCGUUCAAUUCCUCAAAGAUCCCGUUUUCAACACCGCUUUGAUAAUCGGUUACUAUUGGACCACGCUUGUUGUUCUGUUCAUCUUAUACGGCGGUAUAUACAAGACGGCUUACGAUAUGCAGAAAAAGAGCGAGGCCAAGCAGAGGAAAAUGCAAUCGAUGGUUGCCCUCAGCGCGGGCGCGAUGUCCGGUAUGGCGGGUCGGGCGGCUGGUAUAGGUAUAUCGAAGACGCAAAGCACCCUUUUGAGCCAGGAUAAGCCGAAGCUAAGCGCGUCGGGUGACGAGGAGGGGGGUGGCGACGGUUCAGGGCAGAAGACUUCCUCAAAGACUUCCGGAACCACCGGCGUGACCGACUCGACGGAGAAACAAAUAGGUGGAAGCAUGGCCCCGACGGAGACGGAAAAAUCCGAACGAAGUAGUAGUCCAGCGUUCGAUUCGGACGAGGAGAGCACGAUGGGCCCUGCUGCUCAACAGCUCGCCAACAUCAGGAAACGAUCCUCUUUAGCCGGCCUGGUCGUGCAGACCGGCGCCCUCCCAGUUUUCUCCACUAACGGCCACUUGAACGGAAUCGUUCCGGCCAAGGCCGACCUGAACUUGCAAGCAUCGAAGAAGCUCCUCCCCCCCGUGGCCGCUGGCCCGACGUGCGACAUGGCCACGCAGAAAGCUCAAACAUUGCCGAAGAUACAAGAGUUGAGCCUCUUGGACACGGACAAUGUGCUCGAACCCGACAGGUCGAGCAGUCAGACGUUGACACCUGAACAGUCUCGCUGCAACGGGGACGCGACCCCUCAUCAACGACCGCUCACUUCCGCCGAGACGUCACCACCCACUCACCCCGCUCGUUCGAUCAGCGGAAGCCAACAGAACAUCAUACCACCGCCUACGCAGUUUCGAAGCAGCCCCCAAGUGUCCGACAGCCCAUCCACGUCCUCGUCCACGGACAGACCCAAGUCGUUGGUCGUGUCGUCUCACGGGACAGCAGGUACUUUCGAUAUUCUGACAGGGUUGGACGGGGGGGAUUUGAGGUACAUGGACGAAAGUUCGGUUAUAUUGCCCAGCCCAUCUUAUGAGAGUCCAUCGUCUUCCUUCUCGUACAGCCUGGCGAAUCCGCUUUCGAGCGCCCCCUCGUCGCCCAUUCUAGGGAAUAUCCCUACCUCGUCCAACACGAGCUUGCUGCAGGCAGCAUUGAUCAGAGCCACGGCCCAGCAAGUGAGCAAUCAGCAAUCGGCGGGAGGCGGCCAGAGCAAGCAGAGUCAACCGAUAAUGUCGAACGCCUCCAGUCAAACCCAUCCUCCUCGCGUGUUCAUUACACAAAAAUCGAACGUCGCUUCUCAAACAUCGCCUACGGUGAGCAAAGUGCACACGGAGGUGAGCGUGAAAGCGAAGGACACGAAGCAGCAACCGGUGACGACGAUCGUCAGCGCGCACUCGGUGGAGAAGAACAACGCGACGAAUCAGUAUUCUGAGCAAGAAGCGAGGAUCAAUCCUCCGCAGAAUUCGUCCUCCAGCGGUAGCAUGGUGCCCACGAUUUCCGGGACGACGGGAAACGAGCAAGACGCGAAGAAACAGUCGAAGAAGAGGGACGCGCGGGGCAGCGAGGAAGGUGGCUCGAGGAAGGACUUCGUGAAGACGAUUGGGAAACGUUUGAAGACGAAAACGCAGAGGAGGGAUCCUUUGUUGAGCAGGCAAAAAUCACGGACCGAGAACAGGGCUCGGAAAGCUUUCAGGACGAUAUCUUUCAUUCUAGGCGCAUUCGUCGCUUGUUGGACACCGUAUCACAUUUUGGCGCUAGUGGAGGGUUUUUGUACGAACAAACCGUGCACCAACGAACAUCUGUUUAUGUUCUCGUAUUUCUUGUGUUACACAAAUAGCCCUAUUAACCCGUUUUGUUACGCAUUGGCCAACCAGCAAUUCAAGAAGACUUUUACGAGAAUAUUGAAAGGUGAUCUGCACAUGACGUAAAAGAAGGAGGGGAUUCGAAGAGAGGAGCAAAUAAAAAAAAAAAAAAAAGGAAAUAAAUAAGCUUGGAAAUAAGGUGAAUAAGGCCUUCCGUAAUUAAAUACCGAAUUAAUAUUUAAAUGCCAUUGUUUAAUGGUCAAAUUGGACAAUAAGAUUAGUAGGAUGACUUGCGAUUUAAACGCAGGCACAAAAAAAAAGUACCGUGUGCUUCGUGUAUAUAGUAAUAGGAUGCGUUGGUGUAGUUUUAGACUCGGAUGUACAUAAUGUAUAUGUAUGAAUAUUUGUUAAAUUCUGUGCAGGAAAGCAUUAAAAAAAAAACAAAAUGUAGAAAGAAACGUAACGUAUUUGUAGUAUUUAGAUAACUGUGCGUUAUUACAAUAAUAAUCGCUUUACAAUAAGUGCUUCGAUGAACGUGAAAACAUCAAUACGAGUUAAGAUACUCUUUAAAGAAAGGAUAUUAGAUACACACGUAAGUCUAUUAGGUUUAAUUGAACGAUCGAAUCGUUAGUCGGGAGGAAAGAAAACAAGAGGAAUGAAUAUGAUUAAUAGAAAGACA